GACGGAUUAAUACGUACAGUACAAAACUAAAUAAUAUUUUUCGUUCGUUUUGUUUUUUGAACUUUGAUUGUUCAAAAGCUGUAGGUUAACUAAGUACUUUUAAAUGGUGCAAUGCAGUGAUCCCUUAAUUAUGCAUGAUGCAGCAGCAAAAUUUAAUAAGUUUUAAGUUUUAAGGUAUGCCUUUUAACAAACCGAGUGAUCCUGUGUGAUUAUUGUACCAGUCGGCUCGUCGGGCGACAGCAAGCAACGAAGGAAGCUUGUAUCAACUGCCAGUAGAAGUAUUAUGGACUAAUCUGGAGCAUGUGUAGAGGGGCAUGAUGAAUGUACGAGUAUUCACGCAGUGCACUGUGACUGCUUUCCAGCCUGUUGUUUGCAUCCGAGUAGCCGCUAUCAAUCUGCUUUCCCGCUAAGGAAUACCAUAUAGAAGACAGCAGCCGAUAUUGGGCACGAUGGUAACUUAUGUGCCACAACCGUUUGUUCGUCCUGCGGAUGCUCCCAUCUAUUAUCCAACUGAAGAGGAAUUUCGAUCUCCAUUGCUGUACAUUCAGACCAUCAAAGAAGAAGCUGAAAAAUUUGGAUUAUGCAAGAUUGUUCCCCCUAAAAGCUUUCGCCCGCCCUUUGCGGUGGCGAAAGACACAUUUAAGUUCAAAGCUCGCUAUCAGCGGCUUUCCGAUCUUGAUGCAUUCAGUCGUUCUCGACACAGUUUUGCAUGCAUGCUGCGACGUUUCUGGACAGAUCAGGGUUGGCCAGCUGAACUUGUUCCUCAGAAAAUUGGAAAUCAGGUGAUUGAUUGGUGCGAUCUGUACAUCGCGGUACUGCGGUUGGGUGGAUUCCGAGCUGUGUCCGCAUCGGCGGAUGGUUGGGCACAUGUGGCAAGUGUUUUGAGGAUUGAUUACGCAGGGCAACCCAGUGCCAUAAAAGAUCUCAAGGCUUUAUAUGAAAAGAAUUUGCUCCCAUAUGACGAAUUCAGAACCCAAGUGGAACUGUAUUUAGGGAAAGACCAUCUUGCCGAGUCUCUGAGAAAGAAUCCACCAGUAAACAAGAGCGCGGGUUGCCGUCGACUUGAGAAAAAGUCUGACAAAGUGGAGGAAUCGACUAAAACAGAUGAAACGAAGAUACCAAGCUCCGAAAUUAGCUCCUGUGCAGCGGCACAAGAGACUGCAGAUCCUGGCGCGGAAAACUCUUCUAGACCAGAUGAAAAUGGAGACGGACCGGACUGCAAAAAAGAGGAAAAAAGAGUUCGAGCGCGACGCUCCACUUCGCAAGUUUGUUACUCGGAAAUGGUGUGCGAAGUCUGCAAACAGACUGACGACUAUGACAACCUGAAGUUUUGCGAAAAAUGUGAAACAACAUACCAUCUGAAAUGCAUCCCCGCAGCUAUUCGGAAGGAUAAGGCGAAGUUGUGGUUGUGCCCGCGCUGCAUGAAAGAGACGUACGAUGGUUUGCGAUCGUGCCAUACAUACGGUUUUGAAACAUCCAACACUUUGUACACCCUGGAUGAAUUUCAAAAGAAGGCUGACAAUUUCAAGAAGAGCCAUUUCGGAUCCACGACUGUCGGGCUACAGGAAGUCGAAAAAGAAUUCUGGCGACUUCUGGGAGAUCCAAAUGGCGAAACCGUGGUGGAGUAUGGUGCCGAUUUGCAUCGUGGCGAACUGGGCAGCAGUGGCUUUCCAACAGAAAGCGACCGUCCUUACCUUCGUGAUUCCGAGAAAGAAUACAUUGAUCAUCCCUGGAAUUUGAAUAAACUUCCAGAUAAUGAAUUGUCGAUUCUUCGACACAUCACUGCUCAAAUUUCCGGUAUGAAAACUCCUUGGAUGUAUGUCGGGAUGGUGUUCAGCGCUUUUUGCUGGCACACUGAAGACCACUGGAGUGCUUCGAUAAAUUAUCUGCAUAUGGGCGAUCCGAAGACAUGGUACGGCGUGCCGGGAUCGUAUGCCGAAGAAUUCGAAAAGGCUUUCAAAAUGUUGGUUCCUGUUCUGACGGAAUCAAACCCUGAUUUGUUACAUCAGCUGGUUACGCACAUGAAUCCCACGGUCUUAAAUUGCUGUGGCGUACCGAUAUACCGAAUGGACCAACGGGCAGGAGAAUUCAUUGUAACCUUCCCCCGGGCAUACCAUGCUGGAUUUAAUCAGGGAUUUAAUUUCGCGGAAGCGGUGAACUUUUGCUUGGCUGAUUGGAUUCCGCAUGGACGCCUGAGUAUCAAUCAUUAUUCGAACUGCAAACGGGAAUUAGUCUUCAGCCACGAUGAGCUGAUAUGCGCGAUGGCUGAUCAAGCCAGCUUGCUGCACCAGACAAUCGCGAAGGCUUGCCACACAGACUUCCUGCACAUGGUCGAAGAGGAAUCCGCUAGCCGGCAGAAUUUGACCGAUAAAGGCAUUGUGUUGGAUGACGAACCAACUUUAUUUGAGUUCAUGGACGAUCAUGAAAGGUCGUGUUCAAUUUGUCACACUACACUGUUCCUGUCGGCGGUGCAGUGCGAAUGCAGCAACGAAAAGCUUGCCUGUGGGAAGCACGCGGAACAACUCUGUACAUGUGGCAUGGAGAGCAAGCGAUUGUUAUACCGGUACACAAUUGAGGAUUUAAAGAAACUUUUGGAGCGAUUGUUAAAACGAUCCGAAGAAGAGGACUCAGAAGAGUAUAAACCUCCAGUAGCGGCUAUUACUGGGAAUAAUGGGUCUAAUAAGCGUGCAGUCACUGGUGCGGAUGCGAAAGCGGGAAAGCGUCAGAAACUUUCGCAGGAUUCUCCUAUGGAUUUUUUCGGCGAUUUUGAAGGAUCGGCAAAUAACGAGUUGAAAGCUGCAAUGAAAAUGGCUGCAGAACUGGUUUCCCCUCAGACAAUAACUCGUGGCCGUGAUGCCGGUGAUAUAUCUCCCGCCGUGAAACGGUGGAAACUCGAAGACGUUGAAGGGCUGAUUAGCUCACUGCUAGCCUUUCCUGGCACCAGCAAAGAAGUGUCUCAUAUUCGGGAAUAUCUCCGUAAAUAUUAUAACGUACAAAGCGAAAUUCGUGGGAUUAUGCAAACGAAACCGGAAGAUCAAGAUUUUGACGUUGUCCGGCGGGUAUACGACCAGGCUCGAUCGACAAAUAUCGUUAUCGAGUCGUUGGAGGAUCUGCAGUUGAUUGUGCAGCAAACAGACUUUCGCGAACGAGUAGCUGCUGCUAUAACAGACCCGCGAACGACAAUUGGAACUUUGGCUGAGGUUCUACAGACCGCAGACGAAAUCUACAUUCGUAACCCUUAUAUAGAGGAUCUGGUCGCAGCUAUUACGAAGCUGAUAGAUGAAGGCCGGAACUUGGAGAUUGAUGCUGAAAACAUUGUUUCUCAUCGAAAACAAGUGACGGUAGGGGAAGCCAAAGGAUUGAUCGAUCGAGCUGAUGCGUACACUUUUGAUCUGAAACACGUGGAUCAUAUUCGGGAUGGUGUGGAAAUAGUGGAGAAGCUUGCAGACGCAUUACAACAUGCGCAGGCUUCCAAUCAACGAAUCCAUAUGCAAGAAAUCAGAAACAUUUUGGGCAGCGAUCUUGACAUAAAUUUUCACGGUGGAAAUAUCGGUGUAGCCCUGGAGCUGUACAAGAAGGGAAACGAAUUUCUGGAGAAAUUGCACAAGCUUUUCUUCGGUAACGGUGCCACAGAUACCAGCCACCAUGAAACAACCUUGCUGGAAGUACUGUGUCCCCGCCAAGUGCAUCUGGUUCGGGGUGGUGAAACAGACGAUGCCGAUACGGAUACCGAUGAACAUGACGCCAAGAACAGUGGUACAGUGGAUCCUGAAAUGGGUGAUCCCCUAGAUAUGGACUCGAAGUGCCAUCCGUUUGAUUUGGACUUAAAUGAUCAUUACGAUGUUGGAGAGGUGACGAGUUUGUUCGAACGUGCUUGUUGGGACGAACAAAUUUUUUAUGAGCGCCUGCGGGAAUCUAACUGUUUGAAGUCGGCUCUGGACAGCGACAGCCGAGAAGAAUCAGCGCAGUUGCGGAGGGAACUGCGCUGGUGUGUUUGUGGCAAUAUGCAACAGGGAACAAUGAUUCAGUGUGACAGUUGUUUUGACUGGUUUCAUGUUUCUUGCACUCGAAUGGCGGAAUUCAUUUGCGACGACGGUACUGGAGAGUUCGGUUUAGUUCAUCAGCUUGUGGAAAGUAUUCAGUUUAUGUGUGAUAUGUGCCAGCGAGGGAUUCGCCCUCAUCUGGAUCAGCUGAAGAAGCUGGUUUACGAGCACAAAGGAAUCCAGCGUUUUAUUACCAUUCCUGAAAUGGAUUUGGCAUGUUUGGUGAUUGCUCGCGCCGAACGAUGGCGUUUGUCUGCCGCAAACGUGAUCAACGAGCUCCCGUCUAUUGUUCAUCAAGUGAACACUGCCUGCGAACGCGACGAAGAGUCGCGAGUGCGCCGUCGUACUCGCGAUGCUGUGCUGGCGUUAUUGUUAGAAGGCAAUCUUCUGGAAGUGAAGGUGCCCGAGUGGUUGUUUCUUUACGAUUUCGUCCAUGAGAAUUUCCGUAAGGACCGCCAGGAAGAUGACCCACCGGGGCCGAUGAUUCUGCCAGCACGGUCAUAUGGUCGCUUUCCCAUUGCGGUUGAUAUGAUCUCUCCGCUGUUCCGGCAGUUGAGUAAAACGUACAGCAGACCAGCUGUAGUAGCACCGGACAUGAAUCAUUCUUCGGGGCAUACUAUUAUCGAAUCGGCGAUGGGUAAUGGGAAGAAUGGGAAACCGGGAGGAAGAAAGAGAAACGCUUGGUGUAAUCGGGAUGGAGGCGGUAAUCCCACACCAGGCCGAAGUCCGCGAAAACAAAAUGGGGAAGUUAAGUCAGUGAAUGCUUUUGCAUCGACGUCACCGGCGAAACUCACUCCACGAAGAAGGCGAAUGGAAAACUGCGUAGCGGAAUCUGCGACUUUGGUUGAGAGCAAUGGAGAUUUAAACAAUACGGAUACCGAUGGAGCGGAACGGUGUUACUUAUGUCAUGGUGCCUUCCCUCCUGACCAGCUGCCCUCGACAAUAUACAACAGCCGCAUCGUUGCCAUGUGCGCCAACUGCAAGAAGACCCAAUUGGAUACUACCUCAAAAGCACCUGGUGAGACUCAUGCCCCAAUUCCAACUCGGAAUAGUCCUCGCCGACAACGCUUGAAGUAGCAUGGUUGUGCUUUGCUUAUUAUCGUUUUAUCUCGUGUUUUAUAGCUUUAACCGGUUGGUUCGUGUUUAUCUCUUUUGCGUAAAAGUUUUGUUAUUUUGAAAAUCGUUUAAUCGGGUUUAAUCGAUUACGGUUGCCCAGCGAGGCUCGUAGUCGUGCUUGUAUAUCCAUUUGGUUUUCCGUUCUUUUGACGACGACCUGCAAAAGCAGUGCAGCUAUGUAUGCACUUGUGUAUUGUAUUAUGUAUUUUUAUCCUUUUGACCAUUUCCUCAAACCCGUUCUGUGUUGCGUCAUGUCCGCUUGCUACAGAUUGAUAUAUUGUGUUGUAGAUUCUUAAUAAAUAUGGAAACUCGU